GUUCUCCUUAAACAUUAUUUAUUCUGUUUUCAGAGACAGGUUCUAUGUCAUAUUCAGAAGGUUACAUUACUCAGUGUCUGGGAAACGGCCAAUAAUAAUUUUGCCAACCAUGACAGUAACGUAACGUUGUGAACGCUGUCACGAAAAAGAACGUAAAGCUGAUGCUAACGUAUAACUGACAUUAGCUUAGGUUAACAAUAGGAGAACAUUGGCUAUUAAACGUUUACUAAGUGACAACGCUCCCCCCCUCUUUGCUUUAUCUUGACGGGUUUAUUUAGUGUUUUGCUAUAUCUUGGCAGCCAGCAUGUCGUUAUCUACUCUACAAGGUUCCUUGAGCAGUGGGUUGUUGCGUCGCUUCCAGUUUUUAAUUGUAUCUGUUCCUGGAAGCUUGAGAGAUGUUCCCCACUGGCCUGGAGAUCAAUAAAUUCAACUCCAACAUGAACUGGGACAAUCAGCUGAGCUCUAUCCUGUCCGGAGCAGAUAGCAGCGUUGCAAAGAUGAGGGAGAGACUGACGUCACCAGGGAAAUUUGCCAAAGGAGACGAAGAUUUCUUUCCAGUGAGGGAGAGGAUUCGUGAUUCAGAUUUGGGCCCUCCUGCUCUUCCUCCUCGUGCCCCCCUUCUCCGACAGCCUUCCCCAUCCCUCAGUCCAUCUGUUCAGUGGGCAGAUCUAGCUGCUAUCCAGUCACAGCUCCAGCUACAGAGCCAGGCAAUAGAGUCUCUCACCAAGAAACUCCAUGAUGUGGAAAGGGAGAGACAGUCUCAACAAUGUCACAUCCAGACACUACAAGAGGAGGUUCACAGGCUGCGUGAGGGGCUGAGGGAGAGGGAAAGCGAGAGGGCGGAUUCGAGGAGGGGACAAAGUCCAGGAGCAGAGAGAAGGAUGGAGCAGUGGAGGAGAGAGGUUGGACGUGAGCUGAGCAAUCUGCGGGGACACAUCACCAGAGCCACGUCGCUAGGCAACCUGGAGGAGAGUUUCAGCUCAAAGCUCCGCAGAGAGGAGCUGGAACACCUGCGGAGAGAAGUUGACCAACUGAAAGCACAACUAAGGAGACAGGGGGAGGAUGUGUUCCUCCAGCAGACCGAGGCCAGAGAGACCAGGAGACAGUACGAACACAGCUGCAAGACACUGGAGGAGCUGACAGACAGCUACAGAACUCACAGCACUGAUCUGGCAAAGACUGUCUCUGAGUAUUCUCACACACAGCAAGAGGUCCGCCAGAUCAGGACAACUGUGUCCGAGCUGAAGGAGGAGGUCAGGAGACUCGUUCUCAAAGAAUGUCAACCAACACCUUUGCAGUCAGCACACACGUCAGGGGCAUCUCCGCUCCCGCUCCCUGGCAGCCACAGUAGAGGGGCCAGAGUUGAAGAGGCCGACUCUGACUCCGAAGACUUUAGCCCGACCCCGAGCCUGGCCGAGGUCAGCUCAGAUGAUCUGUCAUGGCUGGAAGACCCUGCUCUUCAUCAGAAGCCACGAGUGCGUCUGAGCGUUCAGUCCAGACGGAGCAACUUUGCUAGUCCGGGAUCAGAUUUGGAGGACGACGAUGACCAUGACGGUGACGGUGAUGAUCUCCUCGAUGAAGAUGUGAACCCAGAUUUUGGAUCUGACCUAAGUCUUAAUGACCUCUGACCUUUUUUUAUAAGGUGACUUAUGUAAUUUCCUUGGGAUGAUUU